CAGAAAAAGGUGACCCAAUAAACUGUUCAACCAAGCGAACAUUACAAAAAAAAAACAAUUGAUUGCACUUUCGUCCCAAACCAACGGUGGAAGGAAGACAACAAAACCAUACGAACGCUCAUUGUAAUAUGAGUAAUGCUAUUAACCAAAAUGGUACAGGUCUAGAACAGCAGUUUGCUGGUCUGGACUUGCAGCAGAAGCAGCAGCAACUUGGCGGCGGCGGCGGGGGCAGCAACCCAGAUUCCGGAAAUCCUAAGUAUCCGGCCGCGCGGUACAUUCCACCGCAGCUGAGAGAAUGUGCUGAUAGUGGUGACUUUCAACCUGCUGAAUCCGGUGCUGGCGGCGGUCCUACAAGCGGCGGCGGUGGUGUCGGAGGCGCAGGUGGCAGACGAGGAUUUGGGGGCGAUUCGAACCGGAACCGCGGCGGCGGCGACUACGGGCGGUUUGGAGAUCGCGACUACCGCGGCGGAGACUACGGCAGGCGUAGCGGCGGUGGAGGUGGCCGCUACCAGAACGAUCGCCGGGGCGGCGAUUUUGGCAACUAUGGCCGCGGCGGUGGUGACCGGGGCUUCAACAAUGGCCGCGAUGGCGGUUUCCAGCGCGGCGAAGGAGGAGGGUAUCAGAAUUCUGAGGGUUACGGAGGCGAUCGGCGGGACAACUGGUCGUCGUACGGUGGCGCUCGUGGCGGUCCGGGUGGUGGACCGCCGGCCGGUGGCCGUGAUCGGCCGAUGGAUAUGCCCCCACAAAACGAUCGCUGGCAAGAGCCGGGAGCAGCGAUGGGCCCGCCGGGACCGGGAAGUGUCGGAAGCGGUGGCGGAACCGGUCCUGGAGAAGGAGGAGGUGCCGCCGCUGGAGUCGGUGGAAGAUCGUUCUAUGAUCGCGGAUCGAACGGAGGUGGCGGCGGCGGAAGCGGACGUUGGCCGAGUGGUCCCGAUCGGCGUGACGGCAGAGGAGGUGGAGGAUAUGGAGGCGGCGGCGGCGGCGGUGGGUCCGGACGGGGCCAGGUGGACUAUACAGUGCUCACGGAGCAGGACGAGCGGCUGGAGGCGGAGUUAUUCAAACACGGUAACACCGGUAUCAAUUUCAGCAAGUACGAAGAUAUUCCCGUGGAGGCGACGGGUGAGGAUGUGCCGGAGCACAUCAAUUCCUUCGACGAUAUCAUGCUGACAGAGAUCAUCGAUAACAACAUAAAGCUGGCACGCUACGACAAGCCGACGCCGGUGCAGAAGUACGCCAUCCCGAUUAUCCUUUCCGGGCGCGAUCUGAUGGCGUGCGCGCAGACAGGUUCCGGUAAAACGGCCGCCUUCCUGGUGCCCAUCCUGAACCAGAUGUACAAGCAUGGGGCGGCCGCACCGCCUCCGAACCGACCGAUGAACCGACGCAAGCAGUACCCACUGGGAUUGGUGCUGGCACCGACUCGCGAGCUGGCAACGCAGAUAUUCGAGGAAUCGAAGAAGUUCUGCUAUCGCUCGCGCAUGCGUCCGGCCGUCCUGUACGGUGGCAACAACACGCAGGAUCAGAUGCGUGAUCUCGAGCGCGGUUGCCAUCUGAUUGUGGCCACGCCGGGCCGGUUGGAGGACAUGAUCGGCCGCGGCAAGGUCGGUUUGGACAACAUCCGCUUCCUUGUGCUGGACGAAGCCGAUCGUAUGCUGGACAUGGGUUUUGAACCCCAGAUCCGGCGCAUCGUCGAAGAGAGCCGCAUGCCGGUGACUGGCGAGCGACAGACGCUCAUGUUUUCGGCCACCUUCCCGAAGGCGAUCCAGGAGUUGGCGAGCGAUUUCCUCUACCGCUACAUCUUCUUGGCGGUCGGUCGUGUCGGUUCGACUUCCGUCAACAUUACGCAGACGAUUUUCUGGGUGGAGGAAAGCAUCAAGCGCUCCCAUCUGCUCGAUCUGUUGUCGAACAUUACGACGCAGAACGAUGGCGACGACGAGAACUGUCUCACGCUGAUCUUCGUCGAGACGAAGAAGGCGGCCGACUCGCUGGAGGAGUUCCUGUACAACCACGACUACCCGGUGACGAGCAUCCACGGCGAUCGCACGCAGGCCGAGCGCGAAGAAGCCCUACGUCUGUUCCGUUGUGGCCGCUGCCCGAUCCUGGUCGCGACGGCCGUCGCCGCCCGUGGGCUGGACAUUCCGAACGUGAAGCAGGUGAUCAACUUCGAUCUGCCGGCCGAGGUGGAGGAGUACGUGCACCGCAUCGGGCGUACCGGACGUAUGGGUAACCUCGGUACGGCCACGUCGUUCUUCAACGACAAGAACCGUAACGUUGCGAAUGGGCUGGUGCGUUUGCUAGCCGAGACGGGCCAGGAAAUUCCCAACUUCCUGGAGGAUAUGACCAACAGCCGCGGCUACGCUAGCAGUCGUCGUGGUCGUCCGCAACGCGGUGGAGGUGGUUCCACCUUUGGCUCUCGAGAUUAUCGUCAGCAGAACAGCAACCGUUCUGGCGGUGGAUCGCGUGACCAUCGCCCGAUGGGUGGUGGGGGUGGAGGAGGAGGCGGUGGUGGUGGCUCCCGUGGCUACGGUGGCGGAGGUGGUGGAGGCACUGGAUAUGGUGAUCGUGACGAUGGUUAUGGACGCAACGGUAUUGGUGGCAACUACGGUGGAAGCUACAGCAACGACGGCGGCAACGGUGUCGACUGGUGGGCGGGUGAUAAUUACUGAGACCAGCCAGAGCGGUCGCUCCACGCUGGCUAUACUCUCACCGCACGCGGCAGCGUCACGAAAUAUUAUCGGUGAACAAAUAGCAGCAGCAGCAGCAGUAGAAACAUAAUUAACCAACCAAUAUCCACACACACACACACACACACACAAAACAUACACCGGCAGAACGAAUGGACUCUCUCAACAGCAUCAUCUUUUCAACAUUAAACACCUAGCAGUAUCGAUAACACGUUUUGCAAUAUACUUGGAAAAAAAAUCAUAAUGCAAAAAAAGGAAAUAGUUAAAAAUUUGCGUGUAUAAACAGGCAGUGGUAGGAUAAAACAGAUCCACAGCAAGAACAAGAGAGAGAGAGAGAAAGCGAUUCGUAUUGGCAAGGUUAAAGCUAAGCUAGAGGAAUGCAACAGGAGUCUCACUACAGGUUUGUCCUACGGUAGACGCAGAUUACAACGCGUUGUUGAGGCCCUCGGUGUACACACAGCGAGAUGAAAUACCAACUGCAAAUAGAGCAUGGUAGAAGGAUGGUGUAUCCAAAUGAGUUUUAUCGUACAAUGCAAUGUAAUGUGCACGGAGAAGGCGAAGAAGAAUGUAUGUCCUUCGUUUAUGAAUUUAUGUUUCUUCAACCGUUACCCGCGGUAACAUUUUGAAUUUACGGGCGGAAGAGUGAAGUGUAUUAAGCCGAUAUUUGUAACACUUGUAGGCGCUAGAAAACGCUAGAAACUGUGAAAUAGAAUAAUUUAUUUGCGCUAUCAGCCUGGAGGUCACACACACACACACGCUGACCCGCGGAGUCGUGUUUGACCCAUCUCAACGAAAAAUCUCGCCGUGUGUUAAAGAGGUCCCUCAAAGUGGAUGGACUUGAGCGUGAGAAUUUAGUAGGGUGUAACGAGCAUAAACACAUAAGCAUUAAAUAAACGUGUGUGAGAGUAAGCAUAGCAAGGAUGUAGCUAACACAAGAAAGAACAACACUAAAAAAACAAUCUGCGCAAAUGAACAGUAGAGAAAAAACGAACUCCAAUUAGAUUUUUUUGAACAAAACUCUGAUCAAACAUUGCUGGCCCCCCUUGAAGUUGUUGAGUCAACCAGAGUAGACUUUUGACAUUCUUAUGUUUUUUUCAUUCAUUAGCUACCCAAGGUAAUUCACGCCACGACACGCUGAUUGAAAGAACGUGCGAUCGCGCCAGAAAAAUGGCACACACAUUUCCUUCGCUCAGUGCCGCUCCAUCUCUGAGCAUGAUACAAUUAUAUAUUAACAUUGCCUGUUCCCUGGGCAGAAGAAUAAGCUAUAGUAAAUGCACCUUUGUGUGGUGCAUCUGCGUGCGGUAGAUGCAUUCUGUUUGAAUAGUUUCAAUUACAACUCCGUUGCGGCGUUCACUUGUACGUACGGUAGGCGAGCAGAUCACGGAUGGAUUGCUGUUGCUGUUGUGCAACACCGCCCAGCACAGGAUCCAUCGCCCAGCCAGGACGUGGACCCAACUUAUUUUUCUACCACCUAUGCGCGAGUCUGCUAGAAAAGGUGAAGCGAGAAGGACAGAAAAAGAGAGGACGAAACUGAGCAUAGGAAGCAGGGGGUAAAUGAUGUCGAUAAAAUCGUACGAUACCGGAACGGGUAGAAUGAUAAUGCGAGAGAAUGAGACUACUAGGAACAAAAAAAAAACAAAAUGACCAUGUCAUAAUUCUACAAGGACGAGUUUGGGUAGGGAAAGGGUAUAACCACCGCACCUGUACUUUGCUGUGUUUGUAUCCUGUUCAAGUAAGCGUAAGAAUGAGCAACAACGGUCCUUUCUUCUACUACACACGGUACACGAGGAAUUCGCACCCAUCGCCCGAAAAGUGGGAACAAAAAUGCAUUCGGGCCGAGUGGUGAGGGGGUUAGAAUACAAAGUGCAGCGCCACUGGGCCGCUGAUAGGACAUUUAUGUUUAAUCCGAUCAUUCUUUUUUUUUUUAAACAACUGCAAAACGCUCCACCCGGUCCCACGGAUCGUACUUAGACCAGAUGUAAAAGUGAACCAGACCGCGAAGAGAAACAUAAGGAAACAAACACACACACACAUCCACACCGGAUCACGCAGCUGGGCAUAACUAACAAAAUAGCUAAGGAGCAAGAAAAAUGGCACCGGGGAAUCGGGUAUCAGAUCGGCGAAAAGGAUAUACGGCGGCGACGGAUGAAACAUCAACACCACGCUACGAUUCAGUUAGUUUACUAGCGAAGAAGGAGAGCCGUUUGCAGAUGAUAGAGGCACCGAAGGGAAGCCGCAAGCAGAUAGGCCUCCCUAUCGGUGAUAUGUGCCGGUAUGAGAAUAAGGACGACGUAUGGUAUAAAAGCGUGCCGCUUCCGAUUCAUGCAAUGUCAAACGAAACAUUAAACAAAAAAUGAGCCGAAAAUAAAAAAAGAUCCGCCACAUCUGCAUAGCCAUUCGGACAUUCCUCCUCGUGGUUUUGGAGAUGAUGCGUGAUUGCGAUCGGUGCACGUAGAAG